AUGAAUAACGAAAUCACGAAAAGCCUAUUUCCAUACGAUGCAAAAUUUUUUAAGGGUAUUUUUGAUAAGUACAUGAAAAAUGAAGAUUAUAGUGAAGAUUUGAAAAAUGUUAGAAGUUCCAAUAACUUGAUGCAAGAAGUUAUCAGUAAUGAAAAUGGAUUAAUUUUUUAUUUAGAAGAAAAUUGUGAUGAAACAUUUUUAAAACAAUGUAAACUGAAAUUUUUUAGAAAAGUUUUAAAGCAUGUCAAUGGAAUGGAAGAGAAGGAAAAAAGCCUCUCGCAUGAGGGUAUAUCAAUCGAUGUGAAAGAAACGAAACAAAAUGAUGUACUUGAAAAUAAAAAGAAUGAACAAAGUAUGAACAAGGCUGACAUAAACAAAGAAAGAGGCGAUAAAGACAAGAAUAAGAAACCGAAAGAGCUCUUAGAUUACUUCAUUUUUAACAAAAAAAUCAACGUGAUAAACAGUUAUAGAAUAUACUGCUACUGUUCAAAUAUCAUACAAUCCCUACCUUCUCUCACAUAUUUGUCUGUUAUUAAAAUAUACUUGGAAAAUUAUCCUUUAAAAGUUUUUUUGUCUUGUGUUUAUUUUUACACGUUUGUAACGUAUGUGUGUGACAGAAACAAUCUACUAGAAUUCUUAGAAUCUCUCUUCUUUUCCUUGAUAGUGACGAUUGGCUGUCUAGCCUUAGCUGGAGUGCAUUACAUAAAAGAAAAUAGAAUAAACUUAAUAACGUCCAAAUUGAAUAACUUUAGGGAGAAUUACAUAUGUCGGAAUUUUAUAAAAAAUAAUAUAGAUAACAAAAUGAAAUUGACCAAUUUUGAAAGUAGAAAAACUGUAGAAAUAAAAAAGUACUCCAAAUACUUUUUUCUAAAAAGUUUUUUAAAUAGAAUAAAUGCAGAACUUCUUGAUUAUGAAUCUUUUAAAGCUGAUAAAAAUUCAAGUUAUGUACAAGAACAUUUUAAGGAUAUUAUCCCAAAUGAAUAUUCUGGAAUAAAUCUGAAAAGCAAAUCAAUUAAUAAAUCAUCAGAAAUGGUAAACGAAGUAGAUAAUAAUGAAAUCAUCAGUAAGGAAGAUUUAACCCUAAAUAGUAGAAAAUCAAAAGAUGCGAAUAAAGAAGGAGAAGAAACUAGUGCGUUAAGGAAUAAUAUAAUAUCUUCUAGAGUUAACGUAGAAGAAGGAAUAUUUCCAGAUAAGAGGAAUAAGACAAGUUCAAAAGUGUUAGAUAAUAAUAAGAAGAAUGGAAUAAGUACAGAAAAGUAUGAUGUGGAUAGAGGAGGAAAGGGAGAUAUGAAAAAACAAGUGGUCUUAAAUGAUGAAGUAGACAGGGAGAAAAAAUAUAGUGAAGACAUUCUAAGAAUAAGUAUAGGGGAAGAAGAAGGAAGAAAAAAUUCUACUGAAAUGACAAAUGGGAAAAAAAAAAAAAAUCUAGUAAAUUAUAUCCUAUAUGAAAAUAAUAUAUAUUCAAUUAAUAGUAAAAACAUUUUAGUAGGAGAUAUUGUAUAUCUGUUUAAAGGAGAUGUGAUACCAGCAGAUGGAAUUCUUAUAAAAUGUAACGAUUUGGUUGUUGAUGAAUCUAACAUUUUAAAAUCAGCAAAAAGCCAGAAAAAGAAAAUUAGCUUAGAUGAAUAUUUAUACUAUAGUGAGAAAUCAAGAAAGAGAAAGUUAAGUGUGAAUGAACUGAAGAAAAAAAAGUUAAAUUAUUUUGAAAUACUUAAUUUGAAGGUAAAAGCUAAUCUAAAACGACUUAGUCGAGAGGAAAGUAAGGUACAGGAAAAUUCCAAUUUGGUGGAUGGUAAAGAUGGGGGAGGAGAAGAAAGUGAUGAUGAAAAAUUGAAAAAAUUGUCACUUAGUGGAAGUAAUAAUAAGAGAGUAGAAAAUUUAUACAAUAAAGGAGAGAAAAAUAAUAGCAAAAAUAGAUUAAGCACAAAUUGUAAUUUUGGAAAAAUGUUUGAAUAUUCUCCUCUUGUCCUGUCAGAAUCUAUAGUACGAAAUGGUACAGGUAUUAUGAUAACCACAUGUGUUAGUAAAAAUAAACAAAUGUUCCAUCAUACAAUUAAAGAUGUAGAAGAAAAUACAGAAUUAGAAUUGAUAAUAAACAGUUUUGCUAAAAAUGUUGUGAUAAUAAUAAUUUUUUAUUGUAUAUUAUGUAUCCUUUUUAUAUUUAUUCAUUUUUUAAUUACUAUAGUUGAAAAUAAUAUGCAGACAUAUGCUUAUAAUUUAUUAAUAUUUUUACUCAAUUGUAUUAUUAUAGAAAUUUUAAAAUAUCUUUUAUUAUCCAUUGAUCAGAUGCCUUUGCUUUUACAAAAUUGUAUAGCAUUAAAUUCUAGGCAAAUAAUGCGAGAAAAUUUUCUAAUAAAAAGAAAAAAUACGUUUGAAAAAAUUCUAUUUACUAAUAUUAUUUAUAUAGAUAUAGAGAGGUACAUAAAAUAUAAGUGCAUUUAUUUUUUUUAUAACAAGGAGUUCUCUUUUUCAUUCGAUAGUAGUGUAAAGCCUGAAUUAUCAUCACCAAAACAGGAAUUUAUUAAUUUAUCUCAAAAUAAGGAACGUCAAAUUGAAAUGACAAAAAAUCUCUUUUUUAAAUUGCUCAUCCAUAGUAUACUUACAACCAGUAACUUAUAUCAUUAUAAUGAAAAUUUUCUCCAUAUAGACAUGUCUCUUUUAAAAUUAGUGAAAAUUUUUCAAAUUAAUAUUGAAGAUUAUUUUAUCCCAAAAAAACAUAUAUUUCGUGUUAUAUCUAGUAAUCAAGAUUUUAUUAUUUCAUUUGUGUUUUCGAAGAAUUCUUAUCUGCCUCAACAGCAUAUAGUCAAGGGGGAGAAGAACAAGGAGAUAAAUGAACAAGUCAAAUAUGGUCGUGAAAAUUUAAACGUGUUGAGGAUAUUUAUUAGGGGUCGCUUGAAUUUGGUUUUUCCCAAGUGCAGGCAAUAUCUCGACGGUGAUACCUUGCGAAUGGACAUAGACGAGCUGAAGGAAAAAGUGGAAAAGGUUGAAAAGGAAAAUCACGAAUCAGUCAUCUGCUUUGCCUACAAAGAAAUAGUUCUAAGUGAAAAUGAGAAGGAUAUGUUAUUCCAGUACGACGAUGACAGCGAUUACGCGUUCGAUAACAAAGAGAUGAAUAAAAACAUUGAUGAAACUUAUCUGAAGUAUGCAGAAAUGAAUGAUUACAUAUGUAUUUCCAUUUUGGCAUUCGAAGAAACCCUGAGCAAGUAUUUCUAUUUUGAUUACAAAAUGUUGGAGGGGAAUGACAUGUGUGUGAAGUUGUUUACGAAGAAUAGUAUUCUAAAGACAAAGAAGCUUUUCAGAUACUUCCCUGAUUUUUUUGAGUCUUUGAAAUUAUAUAAUGCGAAAAUUCAAGGUAAUGAAGAUUCGUCAAAUUUGAAUUAUCACAAUGAGGAUGGCGAUAGAUUUGGUAUUCAUCAACAGGGGAAAAAUAGUAAUAAUUCAAAGGAAGAGGAAAAAAAAAAUAUGAAGAAAAAUGUUCAGGCUGCUCCACAAGAAAGUAGUGACAGAAAUGAUUAUAACGAAACUUAUCUGGAGAAUAGUGAGGAUUUACAGAAUUACAAACUGAAAGGGAAUAAGAAAAAAUUUCCAAGUAACAAGUGUAGGAGUGAAGUUUUAAAUCUAAAGCAAUGUGCUGAUAGUAUGGUGACAAAUCUGUCAAGUGAAAAUGAAAAUAAAAAAAAUAACUUGGAAUUUCUUUUGAAUAAUAAUAUUUUUUACAAUUGUGGAAGUAAAGAAUUGUCAAGUUUGCUGAAAAUUUCUAGUUAUUAUGGAAAAAGUGCAGUAGUAACAAAUGAAAGCAAUGUUAUGUGCGAAGAAAGGUUGUGUAACAUAAGAAUAUGUGAUGAUAGGUGCAAAGGAGAAAACAAAGAAAAGAGUGACAUUAUAAUUUUAAAUAAAAGUUUACAUGAUUUUAUAAAAUUAAAGAAUUUCUCAAAUUCUAUAUUGACAAAUAUUCAACUGUUUAUUGAACACAACAUAACUUUGUAUGUCUGUAUGGUUAUAUUUUCAACUGUAUGUACUUUGGUAAAUGGACUCGAAUUUUUAAGCACAAUACAAAUAUUAUAUAUAUAUUUUAUAAAAAAUGUAAUAUUUCAUUAUUUAUCUUGUUAUAGAAAAAGUUCGCUAAGUACAGGAGGAAAAAAAAAAAAACAAUCUUAUGACUUUUUCAAAGAGAAAGAUAUAAAUGAUAUGAUUUCAUCUAUUUUAUCCAAAACUAUAAUAUUAUUCAUCAUAUUUUUUUUUGGGCAUGUUUUUAUACCUGAAUCAAAAUGGGAUUUUGUUACAGAAGAUUUAAGGAAUGUUUUCGAAUUUUCAGAAUUUUCGUACCUAACAGAUAGACAACAGUCUGGCUAUUAUCACACUAUAAGAUCUUGUAUUCGUUUUAAAAAAAAUUUAGCAAAUCUCAAAAUACAAGAUGAAAUUAAUGUUCAAAAUGAUUAUAGAUAUAUGACUGAAUGGGAAAAUUAUAUUAGUCCUGGUAGACAUGACACUAUCCUAUUUAAUGUUUUUUUUCUUUUUUUCUUUUUUUCUUACAUCCAUAUUUAUUUAAAAACAUUUUUACGUGAAAUACAUGUAUAUUUGGAAAAGCACAAGGGAAUACAAAAUGAAAGAUAUAAAAGUUACAUUAUUCCUUUAUUGCAUAAUGAAAGAACAGACAAAAAGAUAUUGUCCUUACAUAUACGGAACUUUAUGAACGAACUGAAAGAAGAACAAAUGUCUGCUAACUUAGUUCAUACAAAAAAUUCAAAACAGUUGUUAAAAGGGAUUAAUAAUGAACAAAGCAAAAGUAGCGAAACAGACACGAAUACAAAUGAAAAGAUGGGAAAUGACAGUAACUCUAACGAUAGUCAAAAAGGUUUUUUCAUAUCUACUAUAGUUAAACAGAUGAAGAAUAAAUCUAACUUGGUCAAUAUGAAUAUAAACAUGAUGCUAUUAAAACUUGUUGGUGAAAAUUAUAUGACAUUUGUAAUUUUCCUAUUGAUACUAAUGCUACACAUUUUUGUAAUUGAAUUUGGUUCCGUAUUUUUUAAUUUACAUAUACAUGGGUUAACUCUAAUACAGUGGGUAUUUUGCUUUGCUUGUUGUGGAUUAGAUAUAAUUAUUUAUUUCAUUAUAUGUCGCUUGGGCCUUUUUCUUCUACCGUCUAGUGCAUUUAAAACGUUUCAGAAUUUGUAUGAGCCUCGGGAAAAGAGUGUAUUUGACACCCUGAACGACUACAAACGGAGUUAUAUGUCCCAGAGGUAUAAGUAUGAUCUGAAAGUGUAA